UAUUGCUGUGAGGGGACUAGCACAAUGAUGCUUUGGGCCAAGGCUUUGGUUGGGUGAGCCGGGGCCCCUGAACAUAAACCCUGGCCCCAGCCAGGGGAAACCUAAGCCUGGAGCAGUCCUGGGAAGCCAGAGGUGGGCUCCAGGUGUGGGAUUGGGUACCGGUGGGGAGCGGGAGCCAGCCACAGGCUGCAGAGAGUCUGAGAGGCCAGGGAAGUGCCUAACCUUUCCUGGCAUGAGGGUGGCAAGGAGGUGUGGCCAGAUUCCAGAGGGCUUUCCCGUCAGGGAUUAGGACACUGCCCUCGCCAGGCCCUGGCUCACCUGUGCACAGCAUUUUAUUGGAAGCACGGACGUUGCCCCAACACAUUCCUGAGAUAACACUCCCCCGCCUGUCUCAGAAGACACUCAGUCCAUCAGUGUGAGGGAGGCUGCUGGCACCCCCCAGAUUCAUUUCCAGUUCGUUUGACGUUGGCAUGUAUGUGUGUGUAGCAUGACUGAAGAACGAGUCAUUAGUGAGCUGUCCAAAGUCCCUUUGGGAACAUUCCAGGAAAAUAAACCAAUAUUCCAUCAAAGCCACAAAUAGCUUUUUUUUUUUUUUUUCCCAUUCCUUCAAAGCAGGAUUUCUCGGAGUGUGGUCCACAGACUUCCUGCUUUAGACUCCCCAGAGGAGCUUGUAAAAUGCAGAUUCCUGGGCCCCACCUUAAGCCUACUGAAUCAGAAUCUCAGUGGGGCUUCCGGGAACUGCAUUUUUAAUAUGCUACCCAGAUGAUUCUAAUACACCUUAAUCUUGAAAACCUCUCAUUCUCUUUGUCCCCUUGCUUAAUCUUUCCUUUGUGUCAACCCUGUGUGCCCCCUGUGCUCUGACACUACCUCCGUGUGCUGCCUCACCUGGCGAACUUCAGCUAAAGGGCCACUUCUCCCUGGGAGCCUUCCUUGCCAUCUUUGUCCCACCUUGUAUAGGGGCUUGUAUAUGUGUUUUCUCCUAACAUGAAUCUACCACAAAGCAGUAGUUUCUUUCUGCCUGACUGCUCCCCUGAAUGGGGAAGCCUCCUGCCCAGUCUCCCCAGGCCCAGCACAAAGUUUUGCCUGUAAUUGGUACUAAGAAAGGAAUCAGUGCAAGUGAAGAGCGCUGAGCAGCAACUGAAAGGCCACAGAAUAGGGAUGAUGAAUGGUCGCUUCCCGUUAAGAAGCUUUCACCUUCUGACUCCUCUCCUGGUGACUCUGAACUCCUAGGUCAAGUCUGGGGCCAGAGGGCGAGCAUCAGACCUAAGAAGAGGCCAAGGCUCUGGCUGGCAGGAGGCACAGCCCACCUGUUUGGGACUGUGGUGUCCUUGGUGGAAGCGCAGAUCCCUGUCUGUAUUUCAGGGAGACUCCAUAGCUUGACAUUCUUCCUGCUAUAGAAAAACAGAAGAAAGAACAGUUUUCCAGCCCCAGGGCUGACCCCAAACCCAGGGCAGCUAGAAUGCUCAGGCCUCCCCCUCUUUUCAGGCAGGAGAAGCUGAAGAAUAGAACUAUUGGACCAUGAAACUCCCAAGAGUCCUUCCCCCUCAGCGUUUCUCAGAAUUUGCGACCACGAUUUUCUGUGUGCGGCUCGCAACUGCUAUUUGCCAAACCGGUAACUGUUGACCCAACAGAAAUCAAACAAAGAUACCAGAAGGCCCAGACAGGCUGUCUUCAUCGCGUCAGUGAAGGGAGAGCAGGUGCCUGGGAUCGAAAGGACGUUGCCCAUCACCUGGCUCUGGAAAACAAAAUGCAUUUCCUUAUUCUGAACAAGCUGAGCACCAGAAACCUGCUUUACCAGUCCAGGCUGCCUCCUGGAAGCUGGCUCGCUUAUCUGCAUGUACACCAAACCGCUCACCUUUGCUGACUGCAUUAGUGAUGAGUUGCCGCUAGGAUGGGAAGAGGCAUAUGACCCACAGGUUGGAGAUUACUUCAUAGACCACAACACCAAAACCACUCAGAUUGAGGAUCCUCGAGUACAAUGGCGGCGGGAACAGGAACAUAUGCUGAAGGAUUACCUGGUGGUGGCCCAGGAGGCUCUGAGUGCUCAAAAAGAGAUCUACCAGGUGAAGCAGCAGCGCCUGGAGCUUGCACAGCAGGAGUACCAGCAGCUGCAUGCCGUCUGGGAGCACAAGCUGGGCUCCCAGGUCAGCUUGGUCUCUGGUUCAUCAUCCAGCUCUAAGUAUGACCCUGAGAUCCUGAAAGCUGAAAUUGCCACUGCAAAAUCCCGGGUCAACAAGCUGAAGAGAGAGAUGGUUCACCUCCAGCACGAGCUGCAGUUCAAAGAGCGUGGCUUUCAGACUCUGAAGAAAAUCGAUAAGAAAAUGUCUGAUGCUCAGGGCAGCUACAAACUGGAUGAAGCUCAGGCUGUCUUGAGAGAAACAAAAGCCAUCAAAAAGGCUAUUACCUGUGGGGAAAAGGAAAAGCAAGAUCUCAUUAAGAGCCUUGCCAUGUUGAAGGACGGCUUCCGCACCGACAGGGGGUCUCACUCAGACCUGUGGUCCAGCAGCAGCUCUCUGGAGAGUUCGAGUUUCCCGCUGCCGAAACAGUACCUGGACGUGAGCUCCCAGACAGACAUCUCGGGAAGCUUCAGCAUCAACAGCAACAAUCAGUUGGCAGAAAAGGUCAGAUUGCGCCUUCGAUAUGAAGAGGCCAAAAGAAGGAUCGCCAACCUGAAGAUCCAGCUGGCCAAGCUUGACAGUGAGGCCUGGCCUGGGGUGCUGGACUCAGAGAGGGACCGGCUGAUCCUCAUCAACGAGAAAGAGGAGCUGCUGAAGGAGAUGCGCUUCAUCAGUCCCCGCAAGUGGACCCAGGGGGAGGUGGAGCAGCUGGAGAUGGCCCGGAAGCGGCUGGAAAAGGACCUGCAAGCAGCCCGGGACACCCAGAGCAAGGCGCUGACGGAGAGGUUAAAGUUAAACAGUAAGAGGAACCAGCUGGUGAGAGAACUGGAGGAAGCCACUCGGCAGGUGGCAACUCUGCACUCUCAGCUGAAAAGUCUCUCAAGCAGCAUGCAGUCCCUGUCCUCAGGCAGCAGCCCCGGAUCCCUCACGUCCAGCCGAGGCUCCCUGGUUGCAUCCAGCCUGGACUCCUCCACUUCAGCCAGCUUCACUGACCUCUACUAUGACCCCUUUGAGCAGCUGGACUCAGAGCUGCAGAGCAAGGUGGAGUUUCUGCUCCUGGAGGGGGCCACCGGCUUCCGGCCUUCGGGCUGCAUCACCACCAUCCAUGAGGACGAGGUGGCCAAGACCCAGAAGGCAGAGGGAGGUGGCCGCCUGCAGGCUCUGCGUUCCCUGUCUGGCACCCCAAAGUCCAUGACCUCCCUGUCCCCACGUUCCUCUCUCUCCUCCCCCUCCCCACCCUGUUCCCCUCUCAUGGCUGACCCGCUCCUGGCUGGUGAUGCCUUCCUCAACUCCCUGGAGUUUGAAGACCCGGAGCUGAGUGCCACUCUUUGUGAACUGAGCCUUGGUAACAGCACCCAGGAAAGAUACCGGCUGGAGGAACCAGGAACGGAGGGCAAGCAGCUGGGCCAAGCUGUGAAUACGGCCCAGGGGUGUGGCCUGAAAGUGGCCUGUGUCUCAGCCGCGGUAUCGGACGAGUCAGUGGCUGGGGACAGUGGUGUGUACGAGGCUUCUGUGCAGAGACUGGGUGCUUCAGAAGCUGCUGCGUUUGACAGUGACGAAUCGGAAGCAUUGGGUGCGGCCCGAGUUCAGAUUGCCCUGAAGUAUGAUGAGAAGAAUAAGCAAUUUGCAAUAUUAAUCAUCCAGCUGAGUAACCUUUCUGCUCUGUUGCAGCAACAAGACCAGAAAGUGAAUAUCCGCGUGGCUGUCCUUCCUUGCUCUGAAAGCACCACCUGCCUGUUCCGGACCCGGCCCCUGGACGCCUCAGACACUCUAGUGUUCAAUGAGGUGUUCUGGGUAUCCAUGUCCUAUCCAGCCCUUCACCAGAAGACCUUAAGAGUCGAUGUCUGUACCACCGACAGGAGCCAUCUGGAAGAGUGCCUGGGAGGCGCCCAGAUCAGCCUGGCGGAGGUCUGCAGGUCUGGGGAGAGGUCGACUCGCUGGUACAACCUCCUCAGCUACAAAUACUUGAAGAAACAGAGCAGGGAGCUCAAGCCAGUGGGAGUCACGGCCCCUGCCCCAGGGCCUGCAAGCACGGACGCUGUGUCUGCUCUGUUGGAACAGACAGCGGUGGAGCUGGAGAAGAGGCAGGAGGGCAGGAGCAGCACACAGACGCUGGAAGACAGCUGGAGGUACGAGGAGACCAGUGAGAAUGAGGCAGUAGCUGAGGAAGAGGAGGAGGAGGUGGAAGAGGAGGAGGAAGAAGAGGAUGUUUUCACUGAGAAAGCCUCACCUGAUAUGGACGGGUACCCAGCAUUAAAGGUGGACAAAGAGACCAACACGGAGACCCCGGCCCCAUCCCCCACAGUGGUGCGACCCAAGGACCGGAGGGUGGGCACUCCGUCCCCGGGGCCAUUUCUUCGCGGGAGCACCAUCAUCCGCUCUAAGACCUUCUCCCCGGGACCCCAGAGCCAGUACGUUUGCCGGCUGAAUCGGAGUGAUAGUGACAGCUCCACUCUGUCCAAAAAGCCACCUUUUGUUCGAAACUCCCUGGAGCGACGCAGCAUCCGGAUGAAGCGGCCAUCCCCACCCCCACAGCCUUCCUCGGUCAAGUCCCUGCGCUCCGAGCGUCUGAUCCGCACCUCGCUGGACCUGGAGUUAGACCUGCAGGCGACAAGAACCUGGCAUAGCCAACUGACCCAGGAGAUCUCGGUGCUGAAGGAGCUCAAGGAGCAGCUGGAACAAGCUAAGAGCCACGGGGAGAAGGAGCUGCCGCAGUGGUUGCGUGAGGACGAGCGUUUCCGCCUGCUGCUGAGGAUGCUGGAGAAGCGGCAGAUGGACCAAGCAGAGCACAAGGGUGAGCUUCAGACAGACAAGAUGAUGAGGGCAGCUGCCAAGGAUGUGCACAGGCUCCGAGGCCAGAGCUGUAAGGAGCCCCCAGAAGUGCAGUCUUUCAGGGAGAAGAUGGCAUUUUUCACCCGGCCUCGGAUGAAUAUCCCAGCUCUCUCUGCAGAUGACGUCUAAUCGCCAGAAAAGUAUUCCUUUUGUUCCACUGACCAGGCUGUGAACAUUGACUGUGGCUAAAGUUAUUUAUGUGGUGUUAUAUGAAGGUACUGAGUCACAAGUCCUCUAGUGCUCUUGUUGGUUUGAAGAUGAACUGAUUUUUUAGUUUGGGUCCUACUGUUGUUAUUAAAAACAGAACAAAAACAAAACACACACACACACACAAAAACAGAAACAAAAAAAAAAAACCAGCAUUAAAAUAAUAAGAUUGUAUAGUUUGUAUAUUUAGGAGUGUAUUUUUGGGAAAGAAAAUUUAAAUGAACUAAAGCAGUAUUGAGUUGCUGCUCUUCUUAAAAUCGUUUAGAUUUUUUUCAGUUUGUACAGCUCCACCUUUUAGAGGUCUUACUGCAAUAAAAAGUAAUGCCCGGGGGACGGUAAUCCUAAUAGGACGUCCCGCACUUGUCACAGUACAGCUAACUUUUCCUAGUUAACAUAUUUUGUACAAUAUUAAAAAAAUGCACAGAAUCCAUUGUUGGGGGGAGGGAUUCAGAGGUGCAUCCAUGGAUCUUCUUGAGCUGUGACGUGUUUUUAUGUGGCUGCCCAACAUGGAGCGGGCGGUGUGAUAGGCUGGGCGGGCUAAGCAGCCCAGUCUAUGUGGGUAACAGGCCACGCUGGUCUCAGAUGCCCAGUGAAGCCACUAACAUAAGUGAGGGGAGGGCUGUGGGGAGCUCCAUUAAGUUUUAUCUCCAUCAAUAAAGUGGCCUUUCAAAAAGAA